AUGGCUUCAGUUCUUGAUCAAGUAAAACAAUGGACCAUCAUCGUUGCUGAUUCGGGUGAUUUUAAGUCCAUUACUCAAUACAAUCCACAAGAUGCAACUACUAACCCUUCUUUAAUCUUGCAAGCGUGUAAAGACCCAAAAUACGAUUAUUUAAUUAAUUCUGCAAUAGAAUAUGCAAAAGAAAAAGGAGGAUCCACUGAAAAAAUAAUUGAAUUGGCUGCUGAUAAAUUGUUGAUAAAUUUUGGAUCAGAAAUUCUUAAAAUUAUUCCAGGUCGUAUUUCGGUAGAGGUGGACGCAAAACUUUCUUUUGACACUGAAGCAACGAUCGUUAAAUCUAGGCAUUUAAUCGCCCUGUUUGAAGAAGUUGGCGUUGAUAAAUCGCGUGUCAUGAUUAAGAUUGCUUCCACUUGGGAAGGAAUUCAAGCUUCCAAAGUACUUGAAAAUGAAGGAAUUAAAUGUAAUAUGACCCUCCUUUUCUCUUUUACUCAAGCUGUGGCUUGUGCUGAAGCUGGUGUGACCCUAAUCUCCCCGUAUGCUGGUCGAAUUCUUGAUUGGUAUAUGAAGAAUACCAACAAGACUUACAAAUCAAACGAGGACCCUGGUGUUUUAUCUGUAACCGAAAUUUAUAAUUAUUAUAAAAAAUUUGGUUACAAAACCAUCGUCAUGGGUGCGAGCUUCCGUAACACGGAUGAAAUUGAAGAAUUAGCAGGUUGUGACUUUUUGACAAUUAGUCCCGCAUUAUUAAAUAAAUUACAAAACAGCUAUAAAAAAAUAGAAAGGAAAUUGAGUCCCGAUACAGCGCAUCAUCAUUUGGCGUCGAGAGCCACUUACAACGAAAACUCUUUUAAAUGGGACUUCAAUGAAAAUGCCAUGGCCACUGAAAAAUUAGCGGAAGGAAUAAGGUUAUUUGCUAAAGAUACUAGAACUUUACAUUUGAUUUUAAGACAACGGUUGACUAAUGAAAGUUCGAUAAUCUCUGAAGAUAUUAAGCCGGUUGUUAAAAAUAGUAAACCCUUUAAAAUGUUUAAACGCCUGGCAAAACUUGUAAUUAAUCAAGCUUAA